UCGCGCACAUAUCAAUAUAUCGUGUUUCUGCUUCUACGUCGUUCGGCUGAUGGAAUUAAGUUUUAAUUGAUUGUGUGUCCAAAUAAUGUACGAAUUGUCGCCAAUGCCGUGGCCAAUUGGUGUGCAGUGCCUCGAGUGCGUGGCAAUAAUGUGAAAGCGGCCGUUCGGACACCAAAAAGGCCACAGUUACCACAAAACGCCAGGAGAAAAAAUCUUUAGAAUCGAAAUCGAACAAUUCAAACACACACACAUAGUGCCGCACCGUUCACACACCGCAGCGCAGUACAGUACCGCAGCGAGUGCGAGCGAGCGAACAGUAUCUCGGCAGAUAACAUACAUUUGUGUACCUACCUCUCUUCCAAGUGCAAAACUAGUGAAGUGAUGAGCGAAUCUCUACCAGCUCAAGUGGAGGAGACCAAGGUGUCCGACGAAGAUGGCGUAAAAGAGAAAGCUGAAGCUGCCGAGGGAUCGGCCAUGCAAGUGGACACGGAUGUCGUUGGUGAGCAGCCGCCGUUACCGCCGGGUGACAAGGAGAAAUCCACUACAGUGGACAUCAACACACUCACCCCGUCUACGCCGUCGCAAACGCCCCCGCAGUUGCUGGCCGGCGAAACUACGGCGUCGGGAACUGCAGCAAUUAUACCGGAGAACAUCCUGUCUCCGCCCAAGUCAGAAACGCAGACUGAUGAGACCAACACGGCCACAUCCACAUCAUGCUCCCCCGCUUCGGAGGGCCAGCGAUCUCCAGCGGAGGAGCAACCGCAACAGCAGCUUCAGGCAUGUACGCCGCCCAAGCAGGAGCAACCGGAGACGGCGGCGUCGACGGUCAAUGGCUCCAUACCAAAGUCGGGGAAACCGCUAGCUACGGCCCUAAGCGCUAAGAAGCCCAGCAAGGCGGCGUCCACGUCACCACGUGCCUCCCGAGCCCGCAAGCCCAAAGCGCUGCCCAUGUACGAGAGCGAGAUCAGCGACCACAAGGUGGGCAUAAAGCUUUGCAUAAAGAAAUCCGAUGCCGGAGACAGUGUACCGACAGUCACUUCUCCGCCCGUACCCGUUCCCGCGGCCUCUAAACCUGUGCGCAAGCGCAUCCGCAAACCAAAGCAACCGGACAGCGAUGAGGCUGAGUAUGAGCCGCGCAAGAAGAAAGGCGGAGGAGGAGGAGAUAGCCAAAAGAAGGUUUCUACGAGUGCCGAUGCGGCGGCUACGGACGAGCCAAUUGAGCAGAGCGUGUGGGCCCAGAAGCUGCCAGAGGAAGUACUUUUCAGGAUCUUUGAACAUGCCGUUGACAUGGAGGGCUGUCUGCCCACUUUAUUUCGCCUGGGACGAGUUUGCUCGCUUUGGCGUCAGGUUUCCCUUAGACCGACACUGUGGCGCACCAUGGAUCUGACCACCUGGGUCAAGGAGAAGUAUCGCACUGAACUGAAGCUCAAGUGGUUUGUGGACAACCGCUGCAGUGCCUGCACAGAGCUGAAUGUUUCCAAUUGGAAAAUAACGGACAUCAAUUGCUUCCUGACCAAGCUGUCCAGUGGUUGUCCGAAUCUGGCUGGCAUCACGCUGUCCGGCUGGAAGGGUUUCACCUCGGAUAAUCUGACCUACUUGGUGGAUAACUUGCACAAGCUGCAGCGACUAGACUUGAGUUCCAUCAAUGUUGAGAUGAAUGCCAGCAAGAGCGCUGUGGGCAUCACCUCCCUGUGCAAUGCACUCCAGACUAUGGGCAGUCGCCUAACCCAUCUCUACUUGGCGCACAACCGCCUUGCGGGAAUACCACAAAUAGUCGGCAUACUGUCGACACACUGCCCUAAUCUGGCGUUACUGGAUCUCUCGAACGUAACCACUCAAGCUACAUCACACGGUGUACUACACAUUGAAAAGCUACAGCGCGGCUGCCAGAAGCUCAAGGUCCUGCGGGUGACCAACUCUCAUAUAACGCCGAGCACAGCAUCAAUGCAGGAAAUUAUGGACUCUCCCGGCUUUCCAAAUCUCGAGGAGUUAUCUGUGGCUGCCUUGACUGAUGAGUCACGCAUCAUUAGCGACGACCAUUUGCAGCGCAUACUGAAGAGCAGCUCCAAACUGAAGCUACUGGACGUUCGCAACUGCACGCGGCUGACACACGAGAGCCUUAUUCGCCUGCCAGCCUGGGAUAUCAAGCAUUUAUUCCUGUCUGGCUGCUCAGUUACACGAGACAUGGGGUCGGGUCUGGAACUCAUUGCCUCCAAGUGGGCGCACAGUCUCAUUGAGUUGGAUCUGGCCUGGGCGAAUGUGCAGCAGCCUAUAGACAAUGCCCUGCGUGCCCUCGCCGAGAAGGGCAGGGAGUCGCCGUUGGCCCAUUUGAAUCUGUGCGGUUCGUCCGUGUCGGACGAGGCAGUCAAGGAAAUACUCACCAACUGCGCGAACAUGAGCUCAAUCAACCUGGCGUCUUGCCGCGGCCUGCCGCGUGGAGUCAAGCGUCUGAUGCAGGGACCCCAGGAGCUGCAUGAGCUGCGUGAAGUGCUGGGGGUGCAGCUGAAAACUAACAGCAGCGGGAGCAACUAAUCCAGUCAGUGGGCGAAACCACAACACAUCGGUUUUAUUGUUGAUCAAGGCGGGCCAAGUUUAAAUGUAAUUUAAAUUGUUGCAACCUGUUGAUUUUGUACUGUAAUCCGCGGAAAACAUAUUGCAAUAUUUGCAUAGACAUUUGCAAUAGCUUGCAUCUUCCAAUAAUGCUUAUCUUGUUCAUAGGCCGUAGUGUGUAAUUAUUGUACUAUUGUACUAGUAUUUAGAGUAUUUCGCGCAGAUCUUUUGUAAAUGCAAUAUGUAUUCAUAAUUUAGUUGAUUCGAAUUUUUUGCAGCGCGAAAAGCAUUCACUUCUUGGAGGACUAACCCGUUUGCAACUAUUUUCAAUGAUUUCACUGCAUCCAUAUACAUAUAUAUAUAUAUAUAAUUAUAUAGACACUGAUUUAUUGUUAGUUAAGUCCGACCAUUGAGUGUUUGUAAAGUAUGUAAACAGAGUUUUAAGCUAAGUUUAAAAGAGUAUGUUUCACAAUACUUAAAUGAUAUAUAUUUACGAUAAAUUAGUCGUCAAUUCAGAGUCGCCAACUAAGGCAAUUUGUAGGAUGUGUUUUAACCCGAUAGAAAUGUACAUAUUGGCGUUAGAGAGCGUUCCGAUUGGAUGUUUUUUUAUAUACAAAAUAACCAUUAAUAAAAAGGUAACGCAUAUACCACACAUACACAUGCAUAACGUAACAUUAAAUAACAUAAAUUAAAACAAUUCAAUUGUUAAGCAUUACUAGCAGUUAAGAGACGGCAAUUAAAGGUACAUUUAAUUUAAAAUAAA